UCUGAGGAGGAAAGAGCCAGCCUGUGCCGGGAAGGCGGCCAGAGUUUGAGGGGGAGCUCCGAUAUGGUGGUCCGUGAUCAGCCUCCCCGCAGGGAGAAACCCUUCAAGUGCUUGGAAUGUGGGAAGAGCUUCAGGAUGAGCACGGAACUAAUCCGACACCAGCACAUCCACACUGGGAAACAGCCCUACACGUGUGGGGAAUGUGGAAAGAGCUUCAGGCACAGCUCCAGCCUGAUCCGACACCAGCACAUCCACACUGGGGAACGGCGCUACACGUGUGGUGAAUGUGGGAAGAGUUUCAGGGACAGCUCCGACCUGAUCCGACACCAGCACAUCCACACUGGGGAAUGGCCAUACACAUGUGGGGAAUGUGGGAAGGGCUUCAGGAAGAGCUCCUGCCUCCUCACCCACCAGCUCAUCCACACUGGGGAAUGUCCCUACACAUGUGAGGAAUGUGGGAUGAGCUUCAACCAGAGCUCCAUCUUCCGCAGACACCAGCUUAUCCAUACUGGGGAACGGCCCUACACAUGUGGGGAGUGUGGGAUGAGCUUCAACCAGAGCUCCACCCUCUGCAGCCACCAGCACAUCCACACUGGGGAACGGCCCUACACAUGUGGGGAAUGUGGGAAGAGCUUUAACCAGCGCUCCACUCUUUUCACCCACCGGUUCAUCCACACUGGGGAACGGCCCUACACAUGUGGGGAAUGUGGGAAGAGCUUCAACCGGAGCUCUACCCUUCGCACCCACCAGCGCAUCCACACUGGAGAACGGCCCUACAAGUGCUUGCAAUGUGGGAAGAGGUUUCAGACCAGCUCAACUCUCCUCGUGCACCAGCGGACGCACACUGAUGAGAGGCCCUUCCGCUGCACCAACUGCGGGAAGGGCUUCAAGCAGAACUCCACCCUCGUCACCCACCAGCGCAUCCACACUGGAGAGAGGCCCUGA